UGAAUGGAAUACAUUUUCAAAAUAGUAUAUAAAUAGUUUAGCAUUAAUGGAUAAUCUUAAUUUAAGUCAUAAUAUUAUUGAACAAAUAAAUAUAAAAUAGUAUCGUGAAUCACCACAAACUAUUGAUUUAUCAUAUAAUUAUUUGAAAGUUGUUUAUUUAUAUGGUCAAACAGCGUAUAAUUUAAAUUUAAGUUCAAAUUAUCAGUUAACAUUAGACAAUAAUAUUCAAUUAAAUUUAUCACAAUUAAAAUAUAUUGAUUUAAGUAAUAUUAAUUUUAGAUCAUUUGAAAAUGUUAAUCUAUUUCAUAAUAUAACUACCAAUCGAAUAUUAAUAUUAAAUAAUAAUCAUUUAGAUAUGAAAAUAUUAAAUUGGAAUGUAUUUCAUCCGAUGAGUAAAUAUUUAACAUAUUUAUCAUUAUUAGGGCUGCUACAUUACUAUUACUAG